CCAGUAGUAUCAUCCGAGUUCACAAUACUGUCUAACGAACCAAAUCUGCGUUUACUUUUUAUUUACAUAGCCAUUUUGAUAAGAAAUAAUGGAGAGUGAAUUUCUGUAUCGUAAAAGAUGCACACUAUUAAAUAAAAGUUAGCCUUAAUAACCAACAAUUCUCUGAAGAUGAACCGCAAAUCAGUGGAUAGUGAUGAUUCAAGUUCUGAUUGGGAUACCACAGUAGCUGAAUCUCCAACCCACAAAGAACCACCACCUCCAGUUGUCUUAAAAAAUCAAGUUUCAGAGAAAAUUAAUGAAGGAGAUUAUGCUACUGUUACCCCAAAACCUCGAACUAGUAUCAAAGAUGAGGGAGUGUCAAAAUCUCCCGCUUUAAAGUCUACACAACCAGACAUUAAAAAAAAAGACAAACCAGCUGGGCCCAACAACAGCGGAAUUGUUUCUCCACCUCCUCAUCUGACUACAUUUCAAAAUGCUCUUUCAGACUACUCAACUGUUUAUGAAGCUGUCCCAGAUAUUCCUCCCAGAGGCUAUGAAGGAAAAGGAAAACUUUACACAGUGCCUGAGACUGAACCUUACUCAUCUCCUAAACAUGAUGGAAUUAACUGGGAUGACAGUGAUGAGGAAGAGAGAGUUCUUAAGGAGUUGCGACGUGAACGUGAGAAACAGAAGAAACAGCAACCGAUUUCAUGGGACAGAAAGCCCCAGACAAUCAGUGAUAAAACUUUAGCCGCAGCUGAUAACCAUGGGUAUGUUCCCAGUCCCAAAAUAACAAGAUCAAGUGAGUCAAAUAUAGAUCGUUGGGCGAAAAUCAGUGAACCUCAUCAGAUGAAAUCUCCAUCAUUAAAGAUCAAUGAAAUCAGCUCUGAUCCAGUUAAAAAAACAUUACAUUUAGAAAACAGUGAUAGUAAACCACCAUUUCAUCAGGCAAACAGAGGAAAGAUUUUAACUUCUCCAGUGAUCAUCAAAGAUGCUACUGGGAAAAGCUGUAUCUUUUACUUUGAAGAGGGCAACCCACAUUUUUUGGAAGUGUCAGAAGAUGAAGUUGAUGCUUAUUUGCCAGAGAAAGUUGAUGAAUGGGAAAAGUUAUUCAGACGUGUUUGGAGAGAAAUCUUUGCAGCACUUCGAAUAGUCACAUCAAUAUUUAUAUUAUUUGUGGCAGAGCUUAUACUUUUUCUGGUUCAUCAUAUUUUGCGUCCACUAAUCCUUGACUCAACACGAGCUAUUGGGGACUUUUUGCUGAAACCCUUUUUAACCCUUAUUUUCAAUGUCAUUCUGCAACCCUUUUUUGCCCUGAUGUGGAACACACUGAAUGCUCUUGCUCAAGCAUUUGAACCCAUAAUUAGACUCUUGGGAGCUUUAUUAACUCAGGUGGCAAUAGUUGUGAGAGCUUUUAGACUUUUUGUGAUUCAUUGGAACUCAGCACCACCAUCAAGCUACCGUCAUGAAAUGGAGAUGGUCUGAUUUUAACCUUGAAUAUUCAAGAUGAAUUUAAAAAGCCUGGAUAUUCAUAAAGAAGAAUGUUGUUGUUGUUAAAAUUGUACAAUUUUAAAAAUAUGUAUUUCCAUUGUUAUUGCUUUUUUAUUAAUAUUUUUAAAAAGUAUCUUUAAUCAUUAUUACGACUUUAAAAAGUGACUAAAACAUGUUCAUACAUGCAUAACAUUACCUAACAA